AUGCGCUUCUCAUCAAUCAUUGCUGGGGUCUUUGCCGUGGCCACGGUCGUUCAAUCCUCUCCGGUCACCAAGUACACGCCCUUCUAUGACACCUGUGGCUCUGUCAUCGAUAACACCACGAAAGUCUAUGUACUCCAAAACCGCGGCUGGGGCGAGCCUCAUGCGAUUGGCGAUAAGCACGAUGGCUACUAUCCCAUGGCCGCAACGUUCCACGUUGAUGGCGGCUAUGCCUGCAAGUUCUAUAACGAGGCCACGAGAGGCAUUGGCUCACUCAUAGGCCAGUACUACGGUCUUACAGAUGGUAACUUCGGAGACAACUGGGCAGCAUUCUAUGAGUGCUGGAAAGUCAAGGAAGGCGACGAGAUCACCUCGGAUGCCAUCACUACCACGGAUCCCAAAGACGUCUCUCUUGCCUCACAAAACGCAUACCCUCCGUGUGGUUACGUUUAUAGCGUAGAGUGCGGCCAGUAUUCCCUCAAUGAGUCGGGCAAGGGCAAAAUGCAGAACUUCGAAAUUAAUGGCGAAUCGUACAUGCCCAUCUGGUAUCAUGUCUCCAGUCAUUGUGACUGUCGGUUCUUCAGUUCUUUGACCACUCGCUUCGGACCGGAGCUCCUCAAACAGGUCAAAGGCACAGCAGAAGGCGACUUCGGUGACAAAAAGUCCGCAUCGCGCUAUGAUUGUUGGAUUCGCACUUGA